AUGGGAUCAUCCGCAUCCAAGCCCGUCGCUGACAAACCGGCUUAUCUAUCGUCGAGCUCGUCGAGCAACAGCGAGACUUUGAACGAGAAGGCCAAGUACACGGUCAGAUCUGACACAUCUCGCACACAUGCUCAAGGCUCAAGCAUCAUUAACCACCAUGCGGCUGAUCGCCUCGCGCGCAUUCAGGCCGAGACUCUUCAGCGCUUUGGCGGGGCUGCGGCCGCCUCAAGCUCGAUCGUUGAACGUCAAGCCGGUAUCUCGCUCCAAGCCAUCCCUGACUGGCAGGACUCAGCGCUGGCGACUCAGUCGGCGCGAUUGGCACAGAUGACGCUACACAAUGCCGCUAUCAGUGCCAGCCUGCACAAGCGUGAUGUGGAGAUCUCGUGCGCACACAUCUUCUCGCACGCCAUCCCCUACGAAGUCAAACCCGUAGUCAACCAGAAGAGCUCGGGUCGAUGUUGGUUGUUCGCCACUUGCAACGUCAUCCGUCACCAAGCAGCCAAAGUGCUUGAGCUGGACGAAUUCGAACUUUCGCAGAGCUAUCUUAGCUUCUGGGACAAGUUGGAGAAAUCCAACUACUUCCUCGAAAACAUGAUUGAGCUCGCCGACGAAGCACUCGACCAGCGUGUAGUGGGAUUCCUCAAGACAGCUCCUACCAACGACGGCGGUCAGUGGGACAUGGUUGCCAACCUCCUCGAGAAGUAUGGUGUGGUGCCUAAGUCUGUGUUCCCCGAAAGCUACAACUCGAGCUACUCGACUCAGAUCAACUGGCUCGUCACGCUCAAGCUGCGCGAGUACACGCUUGAGCUGCGACAGAUCAAGAAAGACGUUGAGCGCAAAUUCGGCAACUUGGCUCAUCAGGAACAUGGAUCGAUCAGCACGCACGAGAUCCGGUACGCUGUACGACAGGCACAGCGUGCACGCAAGGAGGAGCAGAUGGAAGAAGUCUACCGUCUGCUUGUCAUCUCGCUCGGAACUCCGCCUCAACCCGAUCAAGAGUUCAGCUACAACUACCGCAACAAGAAUGGCAAGUUUGUCACGAUCCGCUCGACGCCAAAACGCUUCUUGGCCGAGUACACGGGCACGUUCGAUCACAAGACGCGUUGCUCGCUCAUCCACGAUCCGCGCCAUCCCGCUGACAGGCUGAUCACCGUCGAGCGUCUCGGCAACGUCUGGGAAGGUACCCCGAUCAGCUACGUCAACACCACUGUGGACGUGAUGCGCGCGGCGGUCGUCAACUCGAUCAAAGCGGGACACCCGGUCUUCUUCGGAUGUGACGUGGGCCAAUUCUCCGAUAAGACAUCUGGCAUCAUGGAUCCCGCGCUGUUUGGCUACCAAGACGCCUUCAACAUCAGCCUCGGCCUGACCAAGGCACAGCGGAUCGAGCUGGGCGAAUCAUCCAUGACGCACGCUAUGGUGAUCACUGCGGUGCACAUCGAUGAGCGCACAGGUAAAGUGGAGAGGUACCGCGUCGAGAACUCGUGGGGCGAAGCGGGUGUCGGUAACGAUAAGGGCUUCAUGGUCAUGAGCGACAAGUGGUUCCAAGAGUUCAACUACCAGGUCGUCGUAGACCGCAAGUUCAUGCCUAAACAUCUCUGGGCCCUCUACACAACCGGCGUCGAUGCUAACACUAUUCGCCUCCCGCCUUACGACCCGCUCGGCGCGCUCGCGUAG